AUGGGUCAGUGGACCGCGGCAGUCGUAUUCUUCAAAGGACCGCACGUUCCCUACUACAUCAUCUUGCAGAACGUAGACUUCGGCUGCAGACCAUAUCGCAAGUCAGUGCAGCACUGCCGCACCUGUGCCAACAUGGGACACCGCCAAGACGUCUGUCCGAAACCUAUCCCAGAUAUUUGCUACAAGUGCGGCAAGACUGGACAACCACAAGACCACGACUGCAAACCGACCUGCAAGCUCUGCGGAGAAGCGCACGAAAUUGCAAGUACAGAGUGCAGGAAGAGACUGAAUCCAAGCCCUCUACCCUACAAUAUACGGCAACAGCGCCUUAACAGAAUACAAGAAAGAGACAACCGCUGGAGCUCCAGCAAUGAAGAGUUCCCGGGGCUGGGCACCUCGGCCACCAGCUCGAGUAGUGUCAGUGCAGGCAGCUCAUCCAGGCGCAGCAGCUCCAAGCCAAUAAUGAGAAGUGCUUCGCGCUCACGUUCCCGCUCUCACUCCCGCUCAGUCAAACGCGUGAGCUACGCCGAUGCGGUAAACAGCUCGAGCGACUCGGGUGGCACGAGCAGCUUGGAUGCACCGGCCGAAGCGGCAGUCAUACGGGUCCUAGAAAACAAGCAGCAGAACCAGCAGAGCAAACUGCACAAACAGCACAGCCAAUCGCAAAGCCAGCAGAACCUCAUAGACAAGCUACUCCGCAGUCAACAGAAACAGCAAGAGCUCACCGACAAACUGCUUCGAAAAUGCAAAGAACAACAAGAACUCACAGACAAGCAGCAUCAAAAAUGCCAGGAGCUCGAAAACAUAAACAGACAGCCGGGAACCACGUUGACCAAGGCCGACGUUGAAGCCAUAGUGGAUGCCGAAAUCCACGUAGCCCUAUCCAAGCUGACUAGAAAUACUAGCCCUGGUAAAGACUGGAUCGUUAACAAACAGCUACGCAACCUACCGCCGCAGGCCACUGAGGCUCUCCUCCGUUACUACAAUGAGUGCUGGGAGAAAGGAGAGCUGCCUGCUGUGUGGAAACACUCCGACAUCACCAUGAACCCCAAGCCCAACAAACCUCUCAGCUUGGAGAACCCACGCCCAAUUUCCCUCACCUCGUGCGCGGGAAAGCUUUUCAAACACAUGGUUCACGAUCGCAUUACCCAGUACCUGGAAGGCAACGGCCACCUACCAGACACCAUGUUCGGCUUCAGGCAGCACCUCUCAACGCAGGGCGUGCUCUAA